UCCUGAAACGCCACCAAAAAAACAUUGCAGACCAGCAGCAAAACAUCGGCAAACCGAGACCAAGCAAAACUCGACUCAAAUCUAACGUCCAACCUUCAUACUUUCACCGUCUACCUGGCCAGCAGACAGGCCGUUUCAAUGCAUUUCAGAGGACCGAAAACACCGACGGGAUCAUGGAUGCGUACGAUUUGUUUAGUAGUUGCAGAAAGGGCGACAUUUGUAGAGUCAGAUACCUCGUCGAACAAAGAGACGUGGACCUCAAUGUAAGAGAUAAAUGGGACAGCAGCCCUUUGUAUUAUGCCUGUCUCUGUGGCCACGAGGAGCUUGUCCAGUACCUGCUGGCAAGUGGUGCCAAAUGUGAGGCGAACACAUUUGACGGUGAGCGGUGCCUUUACGGCUCACUGAACGACUCAAUCCGACGAGUGCUCAAAGAGUACAAGUGUGUCAGUGUCCGCGCCAUGCAACGGGAUGAUUUUAACUUCUUCCUGCAUAUGUUGUUGGAGCAGGGACAGCACAGUGACAUAAAGUUCCUUGUUCAUGGUCAGACGUUCACAGCCCAUCGCUGUGUCCUCAGUGCACUGUCAGAGUACUUCACAGAAAUGUUUGCAACAAAAUGGAAGGACAAAACCUUGAUCAACCUCAAACAUCCUCUGAUCAACCCUGCAGCCUUUGGAGCCAUCUUGCAAUAUUUAUAUACUGGACGUAUGGAUAUUGACGUGAGCCUCGUGGACGACUGCAGACGACUCGCUAAGCAGUGCAAAAUGACGUAUCUCAUGGAAGAGCUGGAGAUUAAAUGCAAACAGGUGUAUAACUUUGUGUCCAACAAGCCAGGUAUCUGUGUGAAGGUUCUCAGCCUGGAGCCUCAUAGCUGCCAGCUGCAGGAGGACUUGGCCCAGUUGGCAGAUUGUGCGAUGCCUCAGCAGCUCAGAGUUGGAUUUGGCGAGCUUCCCUUUAACAGGGUGGACCAGUUGCCCACCUUUCCUGACGUAUGCUUUCGAGUCGAUGGUUAUGAUUUCAUGUGUCAUAAGGCGUUUUUCUGUGGACGGAGUGAUUACUUUAAAGCUUUACUGGAGGACCACUUCAGCGAGGGAGAGCAUCUUCUAUAUCAGCCCAGCACACCGGUGAUAACUCUGCACAACAUCUCCUACCAGAUCUUCACCCACGUCAUGUAUUACAUCUACAGCAACGACACGCAGCUCACACGGGACAACGUGUUUGACAUCCUUUGCAUGGCUGACAUGUACCUGCUGCCGGGGCUCAAACGCUUGUGCGGGAAGACCCUCGCUCAGACCAUAUGUGAGGACAACGUUGUCUACUUGUGGAAGACCGCCAAGCUCUUCCGGCUCUCUCGGCUGGAGGAUCAGUGUACGGAGUUUAUGGCCAAAAUAAUUGAACUGCUGGUGGAGAAGGAGGAGUUUGCGGAGAUUGUCAAGGAGGAUGCCGCUUUUCUGGAGGAGCGACACGAAACCGACUCCGUCCCUCUGGUGGAUGACAUCCGUUACCAUAUCGCCAGCAACGUGCAGACGUACAGCGAGAUCGAGGAAGCCAAUCAGAAGCUGGAGGCCUUGGAGGAGCUGCUGUCCAGCAUUGAUAUUGACUGCUGAACGUUUGAAGAGAUGGGCGGUGUACUUUAUGCAUGGGAAACAACAUUUGUUUCGAAAUGUAUUUCAUCUCCGGUAUAUUGUUACAAUAGAUCUAUUAAUCUUUUAGGGUUGGGGUUACUUUACAUUUUAUUCCUUGCAUAAUUCUAUGUAUGAAUUAUUUUAAACAUUUAAAACCUUAAUUUGACCUCCAAAUAGUUUAGCAACCAAAUUAUGAAUGGCAACUGCUUUCGGUGCAAAUUUAAUUUUACUCCUAAAUUAAUUCAUAUAAUUGGUUUUAUAAUGGUUUAAUAUUUUUAAGUGCUGAAUGCCCACCACUUGAAAAGAGAGUUUUGUUUUGUUUGGGAUUUGGUAAAACAAUGAAUGGGUUUGUAUUCUUGGUUUGGUGUAAAAUGGAAAAAUACAACUAUUGUACUGUAGUUCAAAUGUAUACCAACAGAUGGCGUUGUUUCUCAACAUUUGGUAUUGCAUUAAAAAAGAAAGCGCUUUGAAACAUGCAUCGUCCAAUAUUUCUAACAAUGAUUUAUUUACAUUAUUUUUAAUUCCCCUGAGAUUUGCCUAAACCUGGAGCAUCUUUUAUUUUUUUAUGUUUAUGUUUAUGUUUUAGAUCCGUGGUUGUGAUUGUGCCACAAUUGCAGUUUCCACAAAUGUCCAUGUGCAAGAAACCGGAAUAAACAUCACCAUUAGUUAUUACCUCC